AUGUAUCGCCUCGCUCUGUGCUUGUUGUACGACCAGGCCCUGUUCUUGUGGAUCGUGUCCGUGAUAAACAACUCCCUGGGAAAGGGCGACGACAGCUUGCCGUUUGUCGGCGUGCUAGACAUUUUCGGGUUCGAGAACUUCGACACCAAGAACGAGUUCGAGCAGCUCCUCAUCAACUUCACCAACGAGAGCCUCCAGGACACCUUCAACAAGCAGGUGUUCAGCAACGAGCUCCGCCUGUACGAGGAGGAGGGGAUCGAUGUGGUCGUGUCCACCUGCCCCGACAACGCCGAGUGCCUCAAUAUGCUCUCCGGCAAGCCUAGGGGCAUCAUCCCCAGCUUGGACAACAUAUGCGCCGAGCCCAACCCCAGCGACGCCCGCUACUUGGACGGCCUUCACAAGGCCUAUUUACGACACCAAGACUUCCCGCAAACCGCACAGAAAAACAUGCGCGAAAAUUUCUGGGUUAAGCACUACGCUGGUAAGGUGAAGUACACCGUGCACGGGUGGGUGGAGAGGAACAUGGACCGGGUCCCGGAGUCUUUCGGCACCACGUUGGCAACCAGCAAGCACCAGGUGAGGAGGAACAACGCCAACGACCAAUUUAUGCCACAUGGCACUCGUNCGGCACCACGUUGGCAACCAGCAAGCACCAGGUGA